CGCUAAGCGGUCGCCUAAAAUCAAACACCGCUCAUCGAGCACUCAUCGAGCGCAUCCGACUUUUAGAUGCCUAUGACCUCGUUUGGUAAAGUCUAUCGUACGAGGUGAGCAAGUAUUAAAGGAAUAUUCACAAUAUUGAGAAUAACCAUUAACUUACAUGAUUGACUGUCUCCAGAGAAGGGUCGCCAUUAUCGGCGCCGGUGUUGGCGGGUUGUCCCAAGCUAUUGCCCUCAAAACUAAGCUCGGAUUUCACGAUUUUACGAUAUUUGAGAAAGCGUCUGAAGUUGGUGGGGCGUGGAGGGGAUGCUCGUCGGAUGUCCAAAUUCAUUGGUACAGCUUAUCAUCAGACCUUUACCCAUACUGGAACAAGUCGCAUGGCCUUCAACCGGAGAUUCAAGCCUACUGGAUCGACCUCUCGAAGAAAUACAAUCUAUAUCCACACAUCGCAAUAUCGAGCGUGGCCCAUGUCGUGAUAUCUGCCGUUGGUAUCUUGGAUGCCCCAAGGAUUCCAUACGAGAUCCCUGGAGUUCGGAAGUUUCAAGGGGUUUCGUUUCAUUCCGCACAGUGGCCAGGCUCGAUAGAUCUGCGGAAUAAGCGCGUUGCAGUGAUUGGAAAUGCAUCUUCCGGAGCACAGUUCGUGCCAUCUGUAUCUGAAGACCCGUCUGUCGAAGUAGUUAACUUCAUCCGCACCCCGACCUGGUUCACCACUCGACCACAUAUUCCGUACUCGGACACCGAGAAAUGGAUAUUUGCCAACAUCCCUCUGGCAAUGCGACUGCACCGAGCUUGGAUCGUGUUCUGGUUCGAAUUACAUUUAAUCAUACGCCCAAGUGACAGAACUCUCAAGAAACGACGCGAGGCGAUGACGAAAUACAUCCUCAAUAAGGCACCGAGUAGAUACCAUGAUCGUAUGAUACCCGAUUAUCUUCCAGGCUGCAAGCGGACCGUCGCAAACAGCGGUUUCCUGGAUGUUCUCCAUCGGCCUAAUUUGACACUGAACUUCGACGGAAUUGACAACAUAGCGGAGAAUGGCAUCAUCACAAAAACUGGUGAAAUGUUACCAUUUGAUGUCAUCGUAUACGCGACCGGGUUCAUCAGCGACCGAUACCCAAUGCACGUUCGAGGCUCGAACGAAGCUACUAUCCAAGGGUAUUAUGAUGCUCAUGGUGGCCCUACCGCAUACCUCGGAACUGCAGUUCCUGACAUACCAAACUUCUACUUGCUAGCUGGACCAAAUACUGGAAUACCAGCAUCAACAUUGUUCAUGGAAGAAGUCCAAGUUGGAUAUAUCCAUCAACUCAUAGAGCCGGUCCUCAGCGGUUCCGCUUCAUCUUUCACCGUCGAAGCUUCACACACAGAUGAAUAUAAUGCUAAGGUUCAAGAACGUAUAUCCCGCUCUGUGUUCAUGCAAUGCCAUUCCUGGGCGCGUAUGAAUGGUACGGGAAAGGUAUACAAUCCGUUCCCUUGGGCUAUGACGCGUUGGUGGUUGUUGCUUCGCAAACCAAAUUGGGAUCACUAUGUGGCAGUCGGCGCUGAGAAAUGGGUACGGGCAAGGCGAAGAAAGUUCGUCAAGAAUAGUCUGAAAUGCGCUGCAAUCUUGACGUUAUUGUGCUCAUAUAUCGGCAGCUCUGUUUAGACGACAUGGUGCGACUAUCUGUGGCUUGCGACUACUUAAGUAAGUUUAGCCUGCAUUUUUAAGCGUCAUGCAUGUAUGUACGAAACAGAUCAUAAUUAUACAAAGUAGCAACUAGACAGCUUGCAUACUUUUCCCUCAUGA